AUGAGGUGGAUUCUUUCUUUUCUACUACUGGGACUGCUCAGUGCUGUCUCAGCUUUGAGUUCUGCCGGAGGCAAAUUGUUAGUUGUAUUGGAGGAAUUGUCAGAGAAAUCGAAAUACACGAAGUACUUUGGGGAUCUUGAAGCACGGGGAUAUGAAUUAACUUUCGAGUCACCAAAAAAUGAGAAACUAGGACUUUUCGAAUUGGGGGAACGAUCCUUCGACCAUCUACUCGUCUUACCAUCCAAGUCGAAAGGUCUGGGACCAGCAUUGACACCUAAACUUCUCCUCGAGUUCAUCAACAAGGGCGGAAAUAUCUUGUUAACUCUUUCAUCAUCUCACCCUACCCCCACUGCCCUUGUAUCGCUACUCUUGGAGCUCGACAUCCACCUUCCAACAGACCGCACUUCUCUAGUUGUUGACCACUUCAACUAUGAUACUUUGAGUGCCGCAGAGAAACAUGAUGUUGUUCUUCUGCCACGACCAGACGCUGUCAGACCAGAUGUUAAAAACUACUUCCGUGGAGAUGGCAAAGGCGGGGAAGUUAUUGCUUUCCCAAGAGGUGUUGGACAAACUUUGGGGAACACCAGUCCAUUAUUGACACCUCUCCUCCGAGCUUCUAGAACCGCAUACUCGUAUAACGCGAAGGAGGAUAUCGAGGGUGUGGAAGACCCAUUUGCGGUUGGACAACAAUUAUCACUUAUUACCACCAUGCAGGCUAGAAACAAUGCUAGAUUUACAGUGAUUGGAUCAUCGGAGCUCCUCGAGGACACAUGGUUUGAUGCUAAGGUCAAGCGCAGCAUUGGGAUGGGUGGUGUUGGAUCUGAUGCCAAGGAGAUUAAGACUUCAAAUCAAGAAUUCUCGAAAGAAGUCACCGGCUGGACUUUCAAGGAAAUCGGGGUUCUCAAGGUUGGAAGCAUCAAGCACUAUCUUCAUGAGAAUGGAGUGAAGAGCAGUGACACCAACCCAAAGAUCUACAGAAUUAAAAACGAUGUGACAUACGAAAUCGAGCUUUCCGAGUACUCAUGGGACAAGUGGGUUCCAUUUACCCCGCCAUCCGGAGACUCCCUGCAACUCGAAUUUUCUAUGCUUUCGCCUUUCCAUCGUCUUAUACUUGAACCAUCCACUACCACUUCCGAUUCACAAACCUACACGGCGAGCUUCAAGCUCCCAGAUCAACAUGGUAUCUUUAACUUUAUGGUCAACUACAAGCGACCAUUCCUCACCAGCAUCGAACAAAAGAACACCGUCACGGUCAGACAUUUUGCCCACGACGAGUAUACUAGGAGUUGGGCUAUCAGCAAUGCCUGGCCAUGGAUUGCCGGAAUCGGCGCCACAGUUACAGGAUGGGUUGCAUUCGUUGCUCUUUGGUUAUGGAGCAAGCCUGUACCAUUGAAGUUAACGAAGAGUGGAAAGAAAGUUCAGUGA